AUUUUGUUGGUUCUAUACGAGAAAGAGUCGUGAUAUUGUUGUUAUCUGAUUCUUUUCCUGUCGAAAAAAAGUUACGAAACCCCACCCUUUCGACUGUAAGCGGAUACGUGGAGCGCCUGGACGCGCCGAAGGAGGGAAUGCAGUCGCUGCGGCAGAAGAUAAGGCUGUUAGCGCGCUGUUUCUCUAUCUGCAUGGACUGGCAAGACGUGCCAUUAUCCCCGUAGAGGAGAAGCCGGUAACGCGCGAUGCAUCAAAGGAGCUAUUAUUGUGGUUGCCUCAGAAAAAAAAAAUGACCGAGAAACUUUGUAUAGUUCUUCCUGUUUAAAAUUAAAUUGAAAUAAUAAAAAAAACUGCUGAGCAAACGACAGUGCCGCUCGUGGGAACGAAGUCAACAUGAGAUAGAAAUGCAAAAUAGUGGAUUUGGAUGUGCCAGAGGAUAUUGGGAGUGCCUGUACCAAGUCUGCGCAGGUACCGUUAACUCAUCUGUGGCGUUAAACUGCGGAUUUGCCAGCUCGAACUUUUUGCAACCUCGCUCCGAGUUGAAUGCCUCUUUCCUGCUAUUCUUCUCCACCUCUCUGAGUUUCCUGCUAAGCUGUAUAACUAGUUACAAGACUGGCAAUAAACAGGAGAAUCAAAGCCCAAGGUGGAAAAACUAAAAUCUUGUUGUUUUUACAAUUUAUAUCACGGUUUCGUUUAUAAUCCUUUACAACGGACUGAAACACCUACUGUUGUAACAUCGAUUAUGUAGCAGAUUAUUUGAUUGUGAAUGUUUAUUUUGUACAGUGCAAUCGCAAAUGGACUAUUCAUUUCGAAUUAUGGCUCGGAAAGUUGGAUUAAAACGCGUGUAAAUACGCGUUUCUGUGAGACAGACACUUGUAAGAGAGUAAAAUGAAAGCAACCCAGCCAACAAAGUUACGCAGAUUUAUUUAACCGGACUAGGUGCGCGUUUGACUGACGUCUGUCACCUAAACAGAGGGUUGGCAUAUGGGGUCCAAAGUCCUAAUGGAUCUUAACUCAAAUCUCUGUCUUAUAUCUUAGUGUGCGAUUUAAUGUCCGAACAGGUCCCCGAUGAGAUCAAUAGGCAGACGCGAAAGGGAAAUAGGUGUUUGGAAGUUCUGUAUUUUCCGCAUAAUAUCCAACAGAAAGCAAAUACGGAGCGAGCAGUUUAAUGGAGCCCCUGAAAAGCAUUUUUUCUGGCUGGAAAGGUGUAGAACAGCCCGUGAUGGGUAAUUUCACCAAUCCUUUAUGGACCGCUUUAUUCGACUAUGAAGCGACCGGGAAGGAUGAGCUGACGCUCCGCAAGGGCGACCUGGUGGAGGUCCUGUCACUGGACUCGGAGAUAUCCGGGGAUGAGGGCUGGUGGGCAGGCAAGGUCAACAACAAAGUGGGCAUCUUCCCAUCUAAUUACGUUUCCUACAAGCCGAGCUGUAACGGGACACUUCAGGGACCGGCAGCCGCGAAGGACUUUGAGCCCGAGGAGGUGGACUUUGCUGAGCUGAGCUUGGAAGAGGUGAUCGGAGUGGGCGGGUUCGGCAAGGUCUACCGCGGCACAUGGAGAGGGGAUCUGGUGGCGGUGAAGGCGGCGCGCCAGGACCCCGACGAGGACAUCAGCGUGACAUCCCAGAAUGUGCGGCGGGAGGCCCGGCUGUUUGCCAUGCUCACGCACCCAAACAUCAUCACCCUCAAGGGGGUUUGUUUGCAGGAGCCGAACAUGUGCCUGAUCAUGGAGUACGCGGCUGGCGGUCCCCUAAGCCGGGCGCUGGCCGGCCGCCGCAUCCCUCCGCACAUCCUCGUCAACUGGGCUGUGCAGAUCGCCGGGGGGAUGCUGUACCUCCAUAGCGGGGCGAUCGUUCCUGUCAUCCACCGGGACCUGAAGUCCAACAACAUUCUGCUUGCCCAGCCCGUUGGGAAUGAAAACAUGGAGGGUAAGACCCUGAAGAUCACCGACUUCGGGCUGGCGCGGGAGUGGCACAAGACCACGAAGAUGAGCGCGGCGGGUACGUACGCCUGGAUGGCGCCGGAGGUGAUCAAGACGUCCACCUUCUCCAGGGGCAGCGACGUGUGGAGCUACGGCGUGUUGCUGUGGGAGCUGCUGACGGGGGAGGUGCCCUACAGAGGCAUCGACUGCCUGGCGGUGGCCUAUGGUGUGGCCGUCAACAAGCUGACCCUCCCGGUGCCAUCCACCUGCCCGGAGCCCUUCGCGCAGCUCAUGACAGAGUGCUGGGACCAGGACCCCCACGGACGGCCCAGCUUCGCUGCCGUCUUGGCCCAGCUGAGUGCCCUGGAACACCGGGUGCUGGACGAGAUGCACCAGGACUCCUUCCACUCGCUGCAAGACGGCUGGAAGCUGGAGAUUCAGGGCAUGUUCGAUGAGCUGCGGGCCAAGGAGAAGGAGCUGCACUGCCGCGAGGAGGAGCUGCAGCGCGCCGCCCUGCAGCAGAAGUCGCAUGAGGAGUUCCUGCGGCAGCGGGAGCAGCAGCUGGCGCGCUGGGAGCAGGACGUGUUCGAGCGCGAGCUCAGCCUGCUCAUCCGGCACAUGAACCAGGAGAAGCCCAAAGUGAAGAAGCGCAAGGGCACCUUCAAGAAGCACAAGCUGAAGUUCAGGAGCAGCGAGAAGAUCAGCAUGCCGCAGGGUACGCCCGCCCGCUCGCCCGCCCGCCCACUCGCCCGCCCGCUUGCUGCGCUCCGGCCUGCUUCGCGCCCGUAAUGAAAGGGGAGAUCCAUCCCGCUCUGCCAGCAGGCUUCCUGCCCUCGGCGCUGGCCAGACUGGGCCCAGAAUAGCUGUCCUUUCUGCGUCAUGGCGCCUAAGCUUCGCAGGAAAGCUGAGCGCGUCGGCCCGGCCCGGCCCGGUCCUCCACGCAGUCCCACAGAAACCAGCUCGGCGUGGGAAGCCAUUGUGACAGUGCUCAGGCCUUUCUUGGGAUUAUUGUGAUCGGAAUUUAUUAGUAAGAUAAGGACUCGAUCCCAAGCCACUGCGGAGAGUGUCAGACUAAUGAGAGACUAGCAGCUGUCUGACGGCUGCAGACCUCCUCUAUAACUCUCUCCUGUGCCCGGUUUGGUUCUGUUCGGUUUGGU